UUAAAAGCUAAGUAUUAAAUAAAUUAUAUAUAAUUAGAAACACUCUUUAUAAUUAUUUAAAAUUGUUAUAAUUAUUUAAAAUAACUAUUAAUUUAUUUUUAUUACAAUAAAUUUUGGAAAUAUGGCUACAAAAUCGGAAACAGUAAAAACCAAGACCGUAAGAAUAUACGAAUUGGAUGAUUUUGAAAAACUAUUAAAAGGUGUAAAAGUGGCAGCAUGCAUGCUUACGGAGUCCCAUCAAGUUGUGGACGAAGCAAGUGUAUUAAAGCGUCUGAAUGCAUUGACUCUUAAUGGGGCAGCAGAUGGAAACUGCUGCUCGUGCUGUGGUGUUGGCCCAUUUGAGACCAGAGCACAACAGACAGCCCACUAUAAACACCACUGGCACACGCACAACCUCAAGAGGAAGCUGUUUGGCAAGACUGCUCUCACACUCGGCCAGUUUAAUAGUAGACAAGAUGACUCAAGUGUGUCCGGCAGUGACUCAGACGACGAAGCGCAGAAUAGCAAGAAGGUGCCAGCUACUGAUCUGUUUGCGGCCGCCACUAGGCAUUGCAAGUCUUUCUUCACAAAUCACGCAGGGCAAGUGUUCUGCCUUUACAGGUGCAUACUGCAUCAUCGGAAGGAGGAGUUAUCAACAGAUGGCGACGGUAGCGCGUGGAUCGACCGUUGCCAGCGCCUCCUCAUUCCUGGUUUUCAAAGAUGGGCCAUCCUCAUGGUAUCAGGGGGUCACUUUGCCGGUGCCAUCUUCGCUGGGGGCACGCCUGUGGUGCACAAAACUAUGCACUCGUACGUGACCCGCAGAGGUCAAGGUCAGGCGCAGACAGGUCGCGACCAGCACGGCAACAUGCCAAGGUCAGCCGGUGCUAGCCUUAGGAGGUAUAAUCAGGCGCAGUUCUUGGAGCAUGUUCAAGACAUUCUGUCCAACUGGACUGAAGAUUUCAUUGGUUGUGGUUUAAUUUUCUAUCGAGCUGUGGGUUCGCUAAACCAGUCAGCAUUGUUUGGUAAAAAUUCGCCUAUCAAGAGAGAUGAUUCUAGGGUCAGAGCGUUACCUUUCCCGACUAGAAAACCGACAUAUAGGGAGGUGCAGAGGGUCCACGAGACCUUGGCCAGCAUUGAGGUUUAUGAAUCACUGGAACAGUUCCAAAAGGCGUUGAUAUCUAUAACGUCGAAGUCUGCUCUUAAAACUGGUUCGGACCCGAGUACAGAGCGCGCUAAAAAGGCUCCGAAAAACAGUCCCAAUAAAGGCAUCGAUAGGGCAAAAUCGAGAGAACGCGCACGUCGCGAAUUGCCAAUACAAGUAACGUCGAGUGAAGACGAAGGCCCAUGUUUUAUCGACUCCGAAACACCAGUCGGUUGGAUCAAGGCUCUGUCGGAACAGUCCAAUGGAAUAACUAACUCCAGAAAGGAUUUGAUCAACGAUUGUGCUGUGAGUGAUCAUGUGGUUACUUCAGAAGGUUCAGAGAGUGAAAGAGAAGUUAUACAGGAGGUAAAAGAUCAAACGAAGAAGAAAAAGAAAAAAGAUAAGAGGAAAGAUGACGAGAAACCAGUUAAAAAGGGACCACAGAAGAUUCCGGCUAACGUUAAAAAGAUGUGGAAAGAAAUAUCGGGCAAGGAGCUGAAUUCAUUAGAAACCAUUAUAGAGUCGUGGGAGGGUUCAGAUUUCGAGAUGGCUUGCAACACUCAGGAUCCGGUUGAUGGCAACACAGCUCUGCACAAAGCUGCCAUCGCAGCCAAGCCUGACAUGGUGACACAAAUCCUGAGCUGUGGCGGCGACCCUUGCAUCAAGAACCACCUUCUGCAAACGCCGUACGCGGCCGCACCGCACCACGACACGCGCAUAGCAUUCAGACUCUUCCAGGGACAGUAUCCUGACAAAUAUAACUAUGCUAAGUCUCAAAUUCCUGGUCCAAUAACUCCAGAGCUGCUCGAACAAGAGAAAGAGAAGAAGGCUCAACAGAAACGCGCGAAACGACAGCGAGAGAAAGAGAAGCAGGUGGAGAAAAUUAAAACGAAUAAAUUUUUACAACUCACUGAUGAUCAAAAGGUGAAGUCUCUCGAACCUCGAUGUUUCCUCUGCGGGGGCAGUCUGCCCAAAGUGCCGUUUGAGUACGAAAGUUACAGGUUUUGCACGGUGCGGUGUUUGCAGAACCACAGGAACAUCCGGCCCUUGCACAUGAGCGCGUGACUUGUAUAAAUACAGAUAUUGAUAGGG